CAAAAUUUAGUUCGAGACCGAAUUCCCUGACGAGCGUACUGAAUAUCGCGGCGAAUACAUAGCGUGGCAAAAGACGUUUGGCUAAUUAAAAAAAAAACAAAUUAAGUACAUACACACAUAUGUAUGUAUAUAAAAUUGUGUUGCCUUUUCCACAUGUCACUGUGUGUAUGUGUGUGUGUAGAGAGUGUGCGAAAUUGCUGCAGAAAAUAAAUAUUUGAGAAAAAAUUAACUACCAGCUAAUUAAAAAGGUGAAAUGAUUUCAUUUUUUCAAUUUCUUAUAUGUUAGGGUGGCUGAAAAUGCAGCGAUUCUCAACAAAAAGGAUAAACUGAAAAAAUAAACUUCCAAGCCGCCGAGCGAGUUGUUGAAAAUAUUUUGUGAAAAAAUCAAUUGCAAGCAUCAAAAUGGAGUGAAUAUCUACGCUUGGCCAACAAAUUUUUUUAUGUUUUAGUUGCAAAUUUUUCGUUUACGAAGCGGCGAGCAGCAAAAUCCUUCAAAUCCUUGAAGCUAGAAGUGCGAAACUGUAUUCGAAAGAAAGUGGAAUUGAAGAAUAAAAAUUAGAUUUAAAAAGUAAAAAGUGGCACCUAAAAAGUCUAAAAAAAAGUAGAUACAUACAUACAUAAAAAAAAAAAUGGAAAAUUAAAAAACUUAAAUUAAGUGGAACUCGACGACAAUAAAUACAUCCAUAAAUGCCCACUUAUAUACAUAUGUACAUACAUACACAUGUUUGUGUAAGACCUUAAUUUUAAGAAAAAAUAAAUAAAUCAAUUACCUAUAAACUUUACAAGCAACGGCGACAAUAAUUUUGCAAUUGCGAAGAAGAAGAAGAUUUAAAAAAAAACAAAAUCAUUAAAUUAUAUAUGUAAAUACAUAACUUUAAAAAUUACAAAGUUAUUAAAAGCAGCAUACCAACAACUGAAGCACCAGAUUUCGUUCAAGGAUUAUACAAUUUCUGCAUACACGCCAUUUUGAAAAGUUCUACGGCCCGAGUAGUGCUGCAAGAGCUCCAGCUGCAGUGGUGGCAAACACAGCCACAGCAACAGCAACAACAACAACUACAACUACAAAACGCAGAGUGGGUGGAAAAUAUGAAAUUUGAAAGGCUGCCGCUUCAAGUGAAACUCAACAGUGGCGACUAAAAAAUUGUACCGACUAUUAACUAUGCAUAUAUAAAUAUAUAUUCACCGUAACAGCAACAAAAAUACACACAUACAUCCCUAAACGUAUUGCUGUAUACACACACGCUCGAAAAACGAAGCAUAGUUGGGGGCGCUUUUAAGAAAAAGGACGCUGGCCGCACACACCAAUACGGUCGCAACAGAAAGACCAUCAAAAUAAACGAUUUCUCGCCUAUUUCCGUUUGUUCGUGUUGGUGAGCUUCGUAGGUACAUAAAUAUAUUGGCGUUUGUAGGCGCGAGCGUGCGCGCGCGUGUAUAUACCUGUAGGUUUCUGUGUGUGCGUGUGUAAGUUUUCCCAGUACGUUCAUGUGUGCGUUGCAAGGCAAACAAACGUUUACUAUUACUACAAUACAACAACAACAACAACGAAAGCAAUAAUAACGACUAGUGGCAACAAAUCAAUGAAUACAAAAUUGCCCCAUCAGCGCCAUUGCUAGUAGACGGCAAUCGGUAGAAGAAGAGUAAAACGCAGCAGCAGCAGCAUAAAAUAUUGAAAAUCAAUUCGCAGCAGUCACAGUUAUAAAUCACAGUUAUAAAAUUUAAUAAUAAACUUUUUUUUAUCUACCAAAAUCGCUACAUCCAGAACUGCGCCACCCCCUCCCUACAACUCCUCCGCUCACACCAAGCACCUUCAAGCGUGCAGUUGCUCCGCGUUACCAAUUGCGGUAAUUACUUUCGGUUUACGACGCGUUUCGCUUGCUUAUCGCGUAUAUAUACACAUAACGCGAUUCGUCACGCCCACUAAAACAAAAUGUCGGGCGCGUAUUUAACGAACGUUGGCGCGUUGAAAUCGCUCCGUCAGGGAAUGGAUAAAGCAGCAGCAACAGCAACAGCAACGAGAACGAUGUCUGCGCUGGGUAAAGAUCGUAGUCGCCGCCGCUCUGCAGAAUGCACAAUCGCCGCGUAUAGAGUGCUGCACAGGUCAACCGUUUGCACUCUCAUCGGCCUCGUCGUUCUACUUAGCUGCCUCGUACAAAAUGCUUCAGGGCGCGCACCACCAGAGCCCUACUACGGUCGCUAUAUCGGACAAUUUACCAAUUUUGCACACGGGAUAAGGGGUACCAUUUAUGCAGUCGACGAAUCGACGCUCUUCAUCAAAUCCUUUGCAUACGACGGCACGGGACCGGAUGCAUUCUUCUGGGUUGGUAAAACUCCACGUCCCAGUCCCGAAGGAUACAUCAUACCAUACCCAGAAGAGUAUGCUGGCAUCGAUCCACCAAUUUUGCAAGCCCACAACAAUACCGACAUCAUACUGCGUCUGCCCAUGGGCAAGAGGAUUAAGGAUAUACGGUGGCUGUCCGUGUGGUGUAGACGUUUUACGGUUGAUUUCGGUGAAGUUUUCAUCCCACCUAAUCUCGAUGUUCCAAAGCCACGCGUCCUACCGGAGUUCAAGCGUCUGGCGCAUGGACUACGUUCAAGCAACAUAAGUGUCUUGGAUGCCAAAACUUUCUACAUACCAAAUUUGCACUACGAUGGCGCUGGUCCAGAUGCCUACUUCUGGGUUGGCAACGGUAGCGAGCCCAACAUAAUGGGCGUGAAGGUGCCCAAUGAAGUGGGCUCACUCGAGCCUUUGCGUGGCUAUCAGGGCGAAGAUAUUGAAAUCCAGCUGCCCGGUUCGUUAACCGUUUACGAUAUCGAUUGGCUGUCGGUUUGGUGUGUGGAGUAUAGACAUAACUUUGGACAUGUUUUUAUACCCAAAGAUUUGGAUGUGCCGCCAGCGUUGGGACAAACUAAGAUAACGACCACCACAACGCCCCGCCCUGUCUACGCCAACUGUCGUGAAAUCAUAGCCAACAAGUUGCAAGUCAAAUGGGAGAUACAAGGUGAAUACAUACAAAUUGAGCUGUUCGGUCGCAUCGGCGAGGAUCAGUAUAUGGCCUUUGGUCUGUCGGGCGCUAAUGGGCGCGCUCAGAUGUCGCAAUCCGAUGUGGUUGUGGCCUUCUACGAUACCACCGCACGCGUCUUCCGUGCCGAAGACUACUUCAUCUCCGACCUAUCGCAAUGCGAUGGCCAACAUGGCGCCUGUCCAGACGAACGCAUCGGUGGACGCAAUGACGUUGUUGUUCUGAGCGGCGAUCGAAAGAAUGGUGUGACGAGCAUACGGUAUAAACGUCUCAUACAAACCAAUGAACCAAUUUAUGAUUUCGCUAUACCAAUCGAUCGCGAAGUAUCUGUAAUUGCUGCGAUCGGGCCGCUGAACAGUCGCAAGGAGGCGAAUGCACAUUCGCACACCGGCACCGAUCACACAGUCGAAGAUGUGCGCAUUAACUUCUCAUCGCGGAAUGACCAUUCCUGCAAGAAUUCACUGUACGGCCUCAAAGAUGAGAGUGGUCCCACGCCAUGGCCUACUCGCAAAAUUGAUAAUGCGACUGUGUUCACAGCACGUAUUGGCCCUACAGGUGGCAAGCGUGGCUAUACACCAAUCACCGGCAUUCCGUCGUGGGGUAUUUCUUGGUACUUGAACGACCAGCUGAUACCAGAGAUAACGGUGCAGCGUGGCAAAACUUAUGAGUUCCAUGUCGAAGGCGGUAAUAAUCCCGCGCAACCAGCUAGAUACCAUCCAUUCUAUAUUACGGACUCACCAGAAGGUGGUCUAGGACAAAAGAUUGGCCUUGAAUUAAGCAAACAAAAGACUUAUGCCGGCGUGGAAUUCGAUGAGGAUGGUAAUCCAAUACCAACUGCAGUUGGCCGAUAUUGUGAAUGGGUGCAUCGCACUGUUGAUCGCUCAGCCGAGAUCGAAACCUUUGAGGAAUAUAUGAAGACGGUGAUGUUGGAUUGUGAUGAGGGCGAGCCGGGUUAUUUGAAUUGGACAGUACCAUUGGAUGCACCGGAUCUGCUCUAUUAUCAGUGCUUCACUCAUCAAAAUCUUGGCUGGAAGAUACACGUCAUCGAUGCCAAGGACUCGUCCGCUGCGCUACUACAGCUGACCAUCACAAAUGCGAUUGUGUGCACAGUUUCAGCACUUGUUAGCCUGUUUGUGACGCAAAAUGUUUUCAGUUUGUCGAUAAUUGCCUGAUAGUCGGCAAUAUCGCGAAGCAGUUAGUAAAUUUUUUUAAAUGCGAAGUGAAAAAUGUUCAAGAGACCAAUCAAAGUGUGCCAUAUAUGGAUUGUAAAUUAAGCAUUCCAAUUUACGUUUUAUCGUACGAGAACAUAUCCUCUUAAUGAAGUAGAGCAUAUCCUGAAUGAGCGCAUAUCAAGGCUAUUAAAAGUAUUUAAAUAUAGUUACAAUGAACAUAUCCUUUUCAAACUAUCGAAAAUGUGAAAAAGAAAUUCAAAUUUAAAGAGCUAUUAUUAUGAUUAUUGAUUUUCGAUCUCACCUAUAGGUUCAAAAACGUGCGAGUAGCCACGCCACUUACAACAUUUCAAAGCGUCUCACUCAAUCUACAUACAUAUUUUGCGCGCAUUUUGAUAGGCCCAAAAACGUUUUCGCUUCGAAAGUUUCAACAAACUGAAAGUUUUGCAAACCAAACAACCAGGCUAAUAUCAUCUAAAAACAUAUCUUGACAAUAAUUUUAAAGAGAAAUGUAGUAAAACAAAACUACGAGUAAUAA